UUGUCUGUCCUGUUUUAUAGGCAAGUCAGUUUUUUAAAUAAAAUAAAAUAAAAUAAAUUAUUAUCUUCAAGGCAAAAAUAUGCAAAAUGCGUGCGCCCCCGUGAGGACUGCGCAUGCGCACCUUGCUAUGUAGUUACAGCUGAACUUUUUCGUCCUGCAUACUGCUGCUGCCGCUGCUGCUCCUCAGGCUGCAGAGAGAGACUUACUGUCAUUCUGCUUCUCACCACAGUGCUGUUAGAGACUGUGGACCAUGUGGUGCUGCAGAGGAAGCUGACGCACCGACGAUAAAUCUCUCUCAGACAUGGCUGACCUCAAGCCCAAAGCAGAGAGCCAGGCCGAUGAAGCCGAGGGCCCGGACGGAGGCUGGGGCUGGGUGCUGGUCGGCGCCACGUUCGUCAGCACGAGCCUGGUGUUCGGCCUGAUGCGCAGCUUGGGGGUCUUCUUUGUGGAGUUCGUCCAGUACUUUGAUGAGAGCGCCCAGGCCAUCUCCUGGAUCUCGUCCACGGGCCUGGCGGCACAGCAGUUCUUCAGUCCGCUUGGUGCAGCACUAUGUAAUGCAUAUGAUGCCCGGGUGGUGGUGAUGGUGGGGGGCUGUCUCGCUGGACUCGGCCUCAUACUCGCCUCGCAGGCCACCCGUCUCGUUCACCUCUACCUCACCAUGGGUCUUAUUUCAGGUUUGGGCUGGGGGCUGGUCUUCACUCCCAUGGUGGCAACAGUCAUGGCUAACUUCACUCGCCGGCGCGUCCUGGCGUUGGGACUGGCGUUCUCCAGCAUUGGCCUCUCCUCCUUCGCUUUCAACCCGCUCUUCCAGCUGCUGGUGGAGAUGUACGCCUGGCGAGGGGCCCUCCUGAUUCUGGGGGCCCUCAGCCUCAACAUCGUGCCCUGCGGGGCUCUCAUCCGCCCACAGCCACGCUCCAAAGCCCCAGCAAAGGUGGAUUCAGAGAGCAAGUCAUCAUGUGCUGCAGUGCUGCGCAGAGUGUCCUCCUACCUGGAGCUGUCGCUGCUCUUCGAGAGGCCUUACAUCACCUACACGUUGGCCAUCAGUCUCCUUAACGUCGGCUACUUUGUGCCGUAUUUCCACCUGGUGGCCCACAGCCGCCAAGCUGGCUUCUCAGAGUACCAAUCUGCUUUCGUCAUGUCAGCUGCCGGCGCUGCAGAUAUUCUGGGCCGCGUAGUGUCGGGCUGGUUCUCAGACCUGCGUCACUUUCGGCUGAUUCACUUACUGACUGCGUGGACGACGCUGGCGGGGUUGUUCAUCAUGUUGCUGCCCGUGAGCUCCUUGUCCGGCUCCUACACCGCGCUGAUGGCGAUCAGCCUCCUCUACGGCUUCUGCUCCGGGGCGCUGACCUCUGUGGUGUUCGCGGUGGUGCCCAUGAUUGUGGGCGUGGAGCGCACGAUGGGGGGCCUCGGGCUGCUGCAGCUCAUCGAGAGCAGCGCGGGACUGCUGGGGACGCCUCUGUCAGGUUUGCUCAAGGACAUCACUGGCGACUACAUGGCUUCCUUCAUGGUGGCGGGCAGUUUCCUCAUUCAGGGUACUUUGCUCAUGACCACGCUGCCUCACUACUUCUCCUGCACAGACCCGCCGCCUCCUCGGAGACGUUCACUUGACGACAAAGAUAAAGGUUUACAUCCAGAGCAGGAACAGAUGCACAGCUUGCCUUCUGACACGAGUCACGGAGGAGUUAAUGAUCUGGCAGUUUAAGUAACCAAUAAACAGCAUAGUAAGAUUGUGUGAGUCAAGUGUUCAAGAGCCCCUCAGUCCAGCUAAACUACCGUUGGCGCAAACCUGAAGGACUUGGGACUCCGCCAACCUGAAGACACCAUUAAUAUGCUGCUCCACGUGUUGCUAAAUGGCUACAUGUUCGCAUUAUACCUCAGAGAUACAGACCCAAAGAAGAAAGAAGCGUACUGUGAAGACUCCUCACUCUGUUACACACCCUAACCUCAGAUUAAUAUUCAGCACCUUCUGCCUAAAGGGAAACGCUGGGUAUUUAAAAUAUUUUAUUUGCCACGUACAGAUGUGUGGUUGCUUUACAUAAACAGUAGGAUGGCACGCAGGAUAGGAAAUGUGAAAGAAAAUGUGUUUUUAUUAUUAUUAUUAUUAUGAAACAUGGCAUUAAGUUUCGAAAUACUUGACAAAGAAACUAAAAAGCCGUAUUUUCUUAGUAGUUUGUGUGAAUGUAAAUCGUAUUCUGUUGCUGUAAGUCUGACCAGCAUAUUUAAAUAUUGCACAUACAUGAUUAAUUUUCACAAUCACUAUCAUUUAUGAAUUUAAGAAUGUCUUAAUGAUUAGCAGCACCUGUCUGUGUUAUGAGCACAGUAAUAGCUCUAACUGAGCUGCAGACUCCAGCACUAUUUCCAGCAACUCUCUUUCAGGACUUUCUCUUUCCAUCAGUGCAUUACGUUGCUGGGUAGGAAUACAAGACUGUUAUUAUUUCUCAAGUGCACUUUCUGAUCAUAAAAUCAUUGCUUGCAUAAGCAUUUUGUACUUUUUGUAAAUCAUAAACUUGAACGCCAGGUUUGUAUGACCAAGAUAACACGGUCGCUGUGACCUGCUGGCUACUUUUCAAUGCAAAAAGCCUGUGACUUCUAAGUAAAUUACCGCUCAAACAUCCAGCCUGCAACCGGUAGUGCCUAGAAGGUAACCUGCAAAUUGUGAAAUCUGAUCUGAGAUCUGCAAAAACUUGGAAAAACUCUCGCGAGAAUCUUAACCUUAAACUAUUCAAGAUCAAUGCCUAACCUUAACUAUUCGGUUCCCUUCUAGACACUACCCCUGCAACCUGACACUGUUGUUUUUUAAUGUUAAAAUUUGAUAUUUUGUACUCACACUUGAUUAAAAAGCAAUGUAUUUUGUUUUAA